AUGAUAGUAUCAUCGUUCUGUGGAAGUGAAAAUAGCAUUAUCAUCUUAUCACCUAUAAUCGUAUUUGCAUUGCUUUCAAAUGUAACAUCUCAAGCGGCAUUAGUAAAGAACUCUAAAAUAUUUCAAAGCUGUAAAGCUACUUGUAGUCCUCAUAUAACACUUCCUUGUGAUUUUGGAAGUUUGGAUCGAUGUAUCAUGCAAUCAUGCCAGAAUGCAUGUUGGAAGGAUGGUAACCGCAAAGUACAGUCCUGUUUUUGUCGAGGGUCAAUCGAAGGUCCAACAUUGCGUGCAUGUUUCUGUGGUCCACCUAAGGCUCGGAAAAAUAACAAAUCAAAGGGGAAAUUAUUUUUUGUAUAA